UGGUUCACUUAUUUCGUUCCAAGCAAGAGGCUCUUGGAUCCUGGGCAAUUAGGGUGGCGUUUUUCCUGUGAGUGUGACUUUACUGAUCAUUGAUAUAAGAAAGACCAAUGGCACAUUCAUCAAGCUUGGUCGCUAUGGGCCUCAGUUUUGGUCCAAUUCUGAAAACCAAAGUCAGUGUUUCUGGAAGUCUUGUUCGCAGAUCUUCAGUAGGACUUCGCAUUCGGGCGGUGCAAGAAAAUGGUGGACCACGAAGGCUGGUGGACAUCAUAAGACGUGUGCCGGAGUUCUCAAGAAAUUACUUCAGAAGUCCUUCUCGCAGGGCUCUGUUUGGUGGAAUCUCCUUGUUGGGUGGAUUCUAUGUUGCACAAACAAUCUCACUGUCUUUUGGAGCUCUAGGAGUGAAUGAUGUUAUUGCUGCAGUGUUAUGUGUUCUUCUUACAGAAUAUGUGACUAAAUUCUAUUACAGCCGACCAAAAGUUACUUUCCCAGUUGCUCUUCUCAACAACUUUAAAAUGGGUUUCACCUAUGGACUAUUCAUUGAUGCCUUUAAGCUUGCCAGUUGAUUUUCAACAUCAAUACAACUACUCAAGAUUGAAACCUUGAUACAUAGCAGGCUCUCCAAAAGUUGGUUUGGUUCUGUUUAACCACUAUGCUUGUACGUGUCAGAACUGGUCACCACAUAAAAUCCAACAUGUCAUGAUACGUUGUACCUGGUCACACUCCAAAGUUGGUUUGCUUUUGGUAAAUGUCAAACCCUUGUAAAUGUUAGAAUUGGUCCUAUAGUCAUCCUUACAUUUCUUGUAAAUCAACCCACAUAUCAAUUAUUUUUCCCUAAUAUUUCUUCCAAUUCCUUUAUAA